AUGAUGGGAUCCAGUUCAUCGGCCGCAUCGGCGGCAGCAGCGGCCGCGGCCGCCGUGGCAGCUCAGGCAGCUCAGGCCGCCUUCUUUACGCCGAUCCAUGCCCAUCCGCACCAUCCGCAUGCCCACCACCACCCACAUCAUCACCCGCUGGCCCACCACCCGCAUCACCAUCCGCACCAUCCGCACCAUCCGCACCACCCGGUCCACCAUCAUCAUCCGGGGAUCGGGUUACAGUCGGCGCACCAUGCUGCGGCCGCGGCAGCAGCCGCUGCAGCCGCCGCAGCCGCUGCGGCCGCCAUGGGUGGCUACGGUACGGGUGAGACGGGAGGUGAUGGUGGCAGUGGCGGCGGCACACAGGGAGCCUUGGGUGGUGGUACAUCGGUAUCACCUCCGGCAAGUAGCCGCCACAGCGAAACUGGAGGCAGCAACGGCGGUAGUGGCGGUGGUGGCGGCGGUGGAAAUGGCCAACAACCUUCAUCGUCGUCCAGCUCGUCGUCCUCGUCGGCCCUACCAUCGGCCACCGCCACGGCUGCCUCGUCGUCAUCGUCUCCUGCACCCACAGCGAGUUCGUCGUCGGCGCUGGCCGCGCACAUGUACAUAGACCAUCAGCGCAGUCAGCACCUCCAACAGCAGCAGCAGCAGCAGCAGCAUCAUCAUCAACAGCAGCAACAGCAGCAUCAACAGCAGCUUCAACAACAACAGCAGCAGCAGCAGCAGCAGCAACAACAACAACAACAGCAGCAAGAGCAGCAACAGCUGCACACACGACGACUCCUGCAGGAAUGGACUCUGCAGUUCGGACCAACCGGAACAGCAACUGGUGCACGUUACAUCUGAGCGCUACGUCAGCGAAUAAUGUAGCAAAAUUCCACAAAACAAAACAAAACACAGGCUAAGGCAGGCUAACUAAGCACAAAACCACAUUAGCGCGGAUAACCGCGUCGCGGACAGGUCGAUUUCGAUGGCACACAUACAGACACACACAGACAUACAUCACAGUGAAUGAGCGCUCCUCUCAGGAUGUUCUUCGUCCUGAGCAAGCGAGUUUUUUUUUGUUUUUCUUUUUUAAUGUUUUUGUUAAUACACACAUACCAUGCGGUGUGCAGUGCGAGAGAUCAGCACCAGGAGGGGGGGCAGGAGGAGGAGGAUACGAUCGAUGUGCUCAAAGUGGUGAAGUGAAGUUUGCGCGAUCGCGAUCUGAGGCUGUGUCACUUGGUGUGUCUCUCUGUGGGCGUGCAUUAGUGGGUGGCAUUAGGUGGCGUAGUGUCAUUUGCAUUGUGUGAGCUGUGUGUGUGUAUGUGUGCGCGUGUCUGUGUGUACGUACGCAACGUAAAGUCCUAGGCGUUAUCCGGUGUUACAAGGACAACGAGCUUGAGGGAUCUCCCCUUUUGUUUAAAGGGGGGGUAUCGGAUUAAACCACUCCACCCGGGUGAGGGGAGGAGGUCAGUUGUACAUAAUAGAGCGAGAGAGAGAGAGGGGGGGGGCAGAAUUUCCCGACCAAAAAUGGGGCUAGGCAGAAGGCAGAAGAAAAUGGCAGAAAAUUCGAGGCGAAAAAAAUGAAACAAAACAGUGAGAGAACGAGGGAGAGGGUAACAGGAGGAAGGCUACAAAGUGAAUCUCUAGGAGCAUCUUCUUCGUCUUAUUAUUAUUAUUAUUAUUAUUAUUAUUAUUGCUAUUAGUAGUAUCAUUAUUAUUAUAAAAUUAUUAUGAUCGGUUUAGCGAAGCUCAGCAGAGUAGGCGGUGCGGUGCGUUGCGUUGCAUUGCGUGUGUGCAUGUAUGUGUUGCUUGUGUUUUUCGGCGGGGAGAGGGUAAAGAUUGGAAACGGCAACGGGAAAACCAACUCAAGGAACAGGGCAAGAGGGCAAGAGGGCAGGACAAGUUUAGAGGCGAACCCCCGGGGCACACAAAACACACAGAAGCACACCCGCGUUUAAGUCCCGGUACUAGGCGACGUCCUGUCGGCGUGAUUUGACAGAUGAUCGGUACGCUGUGACUAGUGGUCAGUGGACGGCAAAGGAAGGCAGGAAGGAAGGAAGCAAGGAAGCAUGUUGUAAAACAAAGGCAGAAACAAAGCAGAAGUCAUCCAAAAAACAAUUCUCCCCCUGCGUCUAUUGCUUUUUUUCUGAGAGAGUGUGCGAGUUUGUGAACGAGUGAGUUGGAAAGAAAAGUGUUGCAGUUUCGUGACAAUCUGCCAAUCGUCACCAUCACCGUCAUCCACAGCAUCAGGCUACACUAGUUAUAUGGUGGUGGCUGUUUCUCUUGUGCUGCUGCUUGUUGUGAUCAUCAUCGAUCGGGGUGGUACACAGCGUGUCCCAGUGCAGUGUGUUCCCGGUGUAGUAGUAGGCCGUGGCGAUAGUACGCACCGUUGUUUACUCCAGGUGUUUGGCUACUUCAUGUGUUUUUUGUUCCCACCGAUCCGCCCUCCUGCCCUGUGGUCGGCAUGUGCAUGUAAGUAGUAUGCGUACGUGUAACUCACACGGUAGUGAUAGCGCAGAUCGUCUCUGUUCCAUCGCCGACGGCUUGUGGCGAUUUGCGAUCCGUUAGCAAUUGCCGUCGGCAAAAUGGCGUCUUGUGGAGGGGGCCCGAGCGUUGCCACGGUUGCUACCUUAGUAGCCAGGGCUUUGUUUUACUGUUUUCUGUUUGUCGAAAGCUCAAGAUGUAAGUUUUUGACGAUUCCGAAGGCCACGAAGGAACCUUCGCUUCCUCGGUCAGGUAGAUCGGUUUCCCUCUCCGCGUUGGGCGCGCGCUUCUGUUUUCGUGGGGAAAUUUCGGAUCCCAAUUUGGCUGGACUUUCAGGAAGGAAAUUCCGGCCAUCAGGUUGUAAUGAUUGGAUUGCCACCGAGCUCUCUCUAUUUCGGGCCGCGCGACGAUGCUACCCGCGUAAAAAGGCUCGCGGAGACGUGUUUCUGCUACCGCCAAGGGGUCUUUCCCAGCCUUUUUGGUAGGGGCGGUGUGCGGCGGGAUUUUCCCCGCUGCGAUACGUUUGAUCCCUUUUUGCCACCGGAGGGAAGGAUCGUUUGAUGAUCCUCGGCCUAUUUGUUUUCCAGAUCGAACCACCAACCGACCGACCGACCGACCGAUCGGUCGGGUCCUUUUGGGGUACAGGUUUUUUUUUGUUGUGCUCCGAGAUCGUAGAACUACACCGAGAAGAGAUCUUGGGCAGAUCAGGACGCCUUUUUUGCAGGGGGAAAUUUAGCAAACAAAUGUUUUUGUUAUUCCGAACCCGCUAGCAUAGCACACGGCCUUGCUUAAUGAGAGUUAUUUGUUGACUUCGUUGGCCUCGGCCACUCGAUCGGUGCUGCUAGCUUGAUCUGUUGCCCUUGUACCUGUCGUACCGAUGGAAUUGUGUUUGUUUGCGCUAGUGGAGCGCAAAAACACUUGGAUAAAAUGUUGCUAAAUUAGGUUCUAAUCCGCUGAAUGUGUCUUAUAAAAACGCACUUGAGUUGAAGCGAGAGAGCUCUUAGUGUCUGACGACUGUUACUGCACUAAUAAAGCGAUCUAUUCUACGAUCUCUCGUUCGAAUUGGAUCAUUUCUUAGGGAUUUUUUGUGAGUUUCUUGUUCCUUCCUUCCCUGUUCCUCUGAGCGUGCUUCGUAAAUGCGGUAUUCUGUACAAAAAACAAACCACGAAACCAAAACCAACGAGCAUAGAACACGGGCCAUUUUCAAACAAACAAAACAGUACGUAUACUACAUCCGCUGCUACCUUUCCUUCUUGAGACUGUCCCCCUCCCUGGUCGAAGCCUCUCGCGGUUAUGUUUCUUUUUUGUUGUUUAAUUAUGCUUUUCCGAACAAGUCAAACAACGGGCUUGGUUUGAAUGUACGAAUGUGUUUGUUACUUUGCGUAGAUAAAUGGUCGGAAAUGGUGGAGGGUUGUGUCGAAUCGAAAUCGAAUCCAUGUGCAAUGAAAGAUAACGAGCGGGGAACUGCCAAACCGUACAAUGACACACACAGGCACGCCGACGUACACACAUAAAGCAUAUGAUAAGCGAUUGCAGUGCACCGCAAGUCGAAAGUCCACGCCAGUACCGAGAAUGCAAAGGAAGGUAGUAGAUCGCAGCAGAUCGCAGCCCACGUUAGCCCAAUCUUUGCCCCAAAUGUGCGUGUCUGCGUGCGUGAGUGAGUGAUCAAUCAAUGUAAGGACUAGUCAGUCCCGUAGCGCUGUGUGAUGUGUAUCGUUUGUCACGAGGACGCUAUAGUGUCCUGCGAGUGAGAUUGUGUCUGAGCGAGUGCGCGAGCGCUCUAUUAGAAGUCUGUCACGAAAGGUGACCCCCGGAUAUGUGUGUACCAUAGGGAUGUAAAAUGGAAGGUGGCAACAUGCGAAAAAGGAAGAUACAAAAACAUUAAAAUAAAACACACAAAAAAACAAACGCAUACAAAACCAUGGCAAACAAGGGUAAACGUACAUUACACGAUUAGAAUGAGCAUACAAGGCAUAUACCGUAAGCGUUAAGUGUAGCGAAAGGUAAAACUGUGCAGGGUAGCGAAUAAGAAGCCGAUAACAAGACGAACGGACGGACGGUGCAGAAAGGGAUCGGGAUGCACAAAGCAGCUAGUAGGGCGAACCGAAGCAACUAAUCUUAGCCUCUCCGCUCGAUCGAAUCGGCUGCUCGAAUUGUAAAUACAAAUGUAGAAAAAAGCAGAAACUCGAACAAGGAUUAACCACCAAACGUGAACGUCAGCAGUGGUGGUCGAUGGUUACCCAUCUCCAGGUCGCAAGCAGUCGGAUUUGAUUCUAGUUUCUAGGCGUUUGGCGAUCGAGUGUAGCGUGUUUUGUUUUUUCCCGUGUUUUUUUUGGUUCCGGCAUUCCUCGGUUCUGUGAGUCUGAGGUCCCUUUCGAAAAGGACGAAUUAAAUCAAAAUUAUGUUAGAAGUAGUCUCGUUGCAUUGAACGCUCUCACUUGGCUCGAUGUGUCCCUACGUUCAUUCUUCCUUAUCAUACCAACAAACCGAACACACAAGCAAUGAUCUCCACAAAAGCGACGAUUGACGAGUGCAUUGAGAAGACGACGCGACGCCGGGGACACACUUCAGAUGCAUUUUGCGCUCCCGCUCACCCAAUCCCCAAACAAACGACAAAGCCACAUGAUUUCAACCAGCCAGCUGUUGUAGUUUAGCGUUUCGUUACUGGCCGUUCGGCCAUUUAGUUUUCUGCUCUUUGUUUGCCCAUUUCUUUUUUGGUUUUGCGUUGUUGCAACGAGAAUAACAGGGAUAUGUAGUGAAGGGAGAAGAAGCACAACUUAAUGUAACAGUGGUGCAGCAUGAUGAUGGGAGCAGCAGGAUCCCAUCGCAAAGUCACGCCUAGAGGCACACGCUGGGGUGGGGAAACAAGCGAAUGGGUUCUGCACAACAUUCGUGGCAUUUCAUAUACGAACAAAACAACAAAAUUCGAAUAAGUAAAAGACAGAAAGCGAUAGAAACGGGGGGUGAAACGAGUAGCAAAUGCUAAAAGAAGAACAUAAACAAAAGCGAAAAGAGAGCACGGAAUGAAUGGGGCAGCAAGUAAAACAAUUCAACAAACAAAGAAACAAUUGAACAAACAAAACAAACAAGUGCGAGUGCGAGCAGCAAAACCACAAAUCGAAUUGACCGAUACAGCAAAACAGCGCAGACAGCGUGGAGAAGGGGAGGAGGAAAACACAAAACAGAAGUAGCAGAAGCGGGCGAGGAAUUAGCAGAAGAAGGAGAAGGAGACGAUGGAGAAGUAGAAGAGAAAAAGAAAAACCCAAAAACGAUAUGGAAAUACAAGUACUAAGCUAAGUAAUUAAUUAUUAGAGUUAUUAUUAUUCUAUUAUAAUUAUUAUAUACGAAGAACAAUGGCAAGAAAUAAGAAAAAAGAAAAACCAAUUUUAUUAAAAUAUUUAUGAUGAAAAACAUGAA